AUGAAUCUUUUUGGGCGUAAGAAGGACCCAAAAGCUCAGUUAAAUGAAAUGACUUCUGUCUUGAAGAGACAGAAAUAUCCUCUUCAGAGAGACAUUCAGACCCAUCUGCGACAGCAGAAACAACUAGAAAUGGCUAUCAGGAAAUGUGCUAAGGAAUCUGACGUCCCUUCCGCCAAAGUUUACGCAAAAGAAUAUGCGGAAUCUAAAAAAGCUGUUGCUCGUUUAUAUCUUGCAUUAUCGCAAAUUGAUUGUGUGGCUAUGGAAUUGCGUCAUAUGGCUUCAAUGAAUAAACUAACCAGUGGUAUGCAAAAAAGUACAACAGUCAUGAAUGCUAUGUCGUCUUUAGUGAAAUUACCUGAACUUCAAUCCACAAUGCAAAAUUUAAGUAAAGAAAUGAUGAAAGCUGGUAUCAUGGAAGAAAUGAUCAGUGACACUUUCGAACCAAUCGGUUCUGUCGAAAAUACAGAUGAUUUGGUGUCUGCUGAAAUUGAUAAAGUUUUAUGGGAUCUGACGGCUGGUCAGUUAGGUAAAGCUCCGGAGCCCGCAUACGAUCCAUUCUCAGUUUCUAAAGCACAAACUGAACUCUCCGUUUUAUCAGUUCAGGAUGAUGGUGAAGCAGAAGUAGAUGCACGUUUGGCUGCCCUUCGCAGUUGAAUAUUUUUUGCCAAUGUUUAACAUCACAUGGGCUUUCUAGUUAUAAAAUAACUUGAGUUUAUUUUACACUGUACAGAAAAACAGUAAUAUUCAUGAUUCUAUUCUUUGUAUCCAUGAGACAAGCUGUUGCUUAAUUUUAUUUGUACCUCAGGUUUCCAACUAAAUAUCAACAAUAUCUCAAGCUCGCAAUAUUUUUUUUCGUUAUAGAGGUGGAAAGAUUGAGGUUUUUUGCACAUGUCUAUGUCUAAAGUAACUCAGACUUUACUUUUAUUUCCGUGUUUUUCCGUACUAAAAAAGCCAAUCAGUUUCAGUAUAACAUUGCUCUUAUUUUUAUAGUAAUAUUAAUUUGUACACAUACCUUGGUAAUUAAUUACUUAUAUUUGAUUUCCAAUAAGAAUAUUCUUAUGGAAAA